UCUCAACUCUUAUUUCUCUCUAAUCUUUGUCGCUACGCUCGAACAUCUCUCCCUGUACAGUUGGAGUAUACCGCUUGAGAGACUUACGCCUGCUUCGUCUGACGCGUGCCGGUCUCCCUACAUUAUUCUCCCUCAAACACUGCUAGAACCAUACCGCAGAGUUCUGUCUGCGUGACACAUCAUCGCAGAAACAGGUCAUGCAUUUCCCACGAUUAGAAGCUGCAUUACCGCAUCACUGUGAACCGACAUCGCCCGUACUGGCCUACAUUUCCGCCCACCUGCACAUAUGCCUUCCGACGCCUCUCGCACUCAUAUCCUCCCUCCUUGGGAUGCUCAGUAUUGUCUCGUGGUUAUUCGCGCAACUCCCGCAAAUAUACAAGAAUAUCCAACUCCAGUCAACGUCGGGGUUGUCCAUCUACUUCCUUGUGGAAUGGUGUCUGGGUGACGCGAGCAAUUUGCUCGGUGCUCUGCUCACCAGGCAAGCAGGAUGGCAGGUGGUUAUUGCAGGGUACUAUGUGCUGGUCGAUGUGACGCUAGUGUUCCAGUUUUUCUGGUACACGCACUACAAAGUACGAUGGGAGGAUGGCUACAUUGGUUUUUCUUCGUCGCGUCGCCAUGACGGAUCGGAGGACGUUCUGGAAGGGGUCUCCGUGGUGGCGGAAGAUUCCGCAUCACAGACACUUCCUACACGGGGGCCACCGCGAUCCGACGCAAAGAGCAUAGCGGAUCUCAAGGAACCACUACCACGCUCCCUAGGCGGCCAGUCUCCGUCGUAUUCCCACAACGAGAAACUGAGCACAUCCCGACGCACGACAAGCCGACCCAGCAGCGGACCGAGCCUCCCUACCGGACCAACAAGGACCAUUCUACUCGCCUCGAUGCUCUGCGCCAUGGCCGCAAACGCCGCACCGACAGAAGUGCAAACCACAGCCAGUCCGUCAGACGACAGCCUCGAGCUUCUCGGUCGGAUCUUCUCCUGGAUGUCGACCGUCCUGUACCUAUUUUCGCGCCCACCCCAGCUCUACAAGAACUACUGCCGCAAAAGUACCUCAGGCCUGUCCCCACUUCUCUUCAUGGCUGCCUUCUGCGGCAACUUCUUCUACUCCGCCUCGCUCCUGACGAACCCCAACGCCUGGGCCGACCUCCCACCCUACGGCGGUGGCGGGUGGGCCGACGCGGACGGCAACGACCGGCUGGAAUGGAUCGGCCGAACCAUCCCGUUCUUCCUUGGCGCCUUUGGCGUGCUCUUCUUCGAUGGCUUCAUGGGCGCCCAGUUUCUCAUGUAUGGCUCAAAUGAUGACGAAUCUGUCAUGGAGAUUGAGGAUCCCAAGCGUGGCCGUAGUAGGUGGACCCGCGUCCGGGGCUGGAUGAGAGGCUGGAUCCCCUCUGUUUCUCCGAAUCGGAUGCAGUCUGCGGAGGCGUCUCACGAGAGUCAGCGUCUUCUCGCUGGUGAGCGGGAUCGAUAUGGUACUGUCUGAUGCCAUUCUCCAGGCAGUCACUUUCUUGAUGUCCAUUUCUUCUUUCGCAUCAUCCAUUUGCUCUUAUUCCCGACGAUCUCACCUGUAUUUACAGAAGGGGGUUCAAUCAUGACGUUACGACAUACACACCAGAGUACAUGUUUCCUCUGAACUCUGUGCUUUCAUUCCCUCGCUCAGCACUUUUAUUUCCGGUUUCGGGUUUCCUACUUUUAGCAUUCACUUGGCUUAGCUUCUUGGCGUACUUUCUUCCUUUUUUUUUUUUCCAAUUCUUGCAUUCGUACCUUCCUCCCACAUUUCACAUUGUUUGGCGUUCAUACACACACGCAUGCGUCAUCAGAAUUGGAUUCACAACGGUUGGUCUGUCUUGGGUUAGGUUGGUUACUCCGAUCUGGUUGGUUGGUUGGUUGGUAGGUAUACACACAUACAUACAUACAGU